AUGUUGCAACGAUUACUUCAAAUUAGAUUCGACGCCAAAAUAUCCAGUAGGCAUACAAAUAUAUUGUUUAGGUUGCCUUUUCAAAAUCAGUCGUGUCAUUGUGGAGUCAGGUUAUAUUCGAGUAGACAAAUAAUUUGGUUACGAAAUGCUGCGGAAGCACCAGCAUUCAAAGGUGGGAUAUCCUGUGUGAAAGCGAGAUCUUACGCCAGUGAAGUGGAUACACAGAAGAAAGAUACAUCUAUCAAUGCGUUAAACAAUAAGGGUUCUUUGGAAGCAGAUAAAAAAAUCAAUGUGAAAUUAAAGACUUCAGAUAUAAAGCGAUUAUUUAAUUUAGCUGCGCCUGAGAAAUGGAAUCUUACUGGUGCUAUACUUUUCUUAGUAAUAUCAUCUAGUGUAACUAUGGCAGUGCCAUUUUCACUAGGCAAGGUAUUAGAUAUUAUAUACAGUAGUACAAAUGAUCUUGGCUCUGCUCGUGAGAAGCUGGACUCUCUCUGUUUCAUAUUGUGUGGAGUCUUUCUAAUUGGAGGGUUGUGCAACUUUGGCAGAGUGUACCUAAUGUCUAUAUCUGGUCAACGCAUGACCCAAACUCUCCGCAAGCAAGUGUUUGGGGCAAUCAUGCGUCAAGAACCAGCUUGGUUUGGUAAGACGUCGACUGGCGAAUUGGUAAACAGACUGUCGGCUGAUACACAACUGGUGGGCAGAAACCUCAGUCAGAAUGUCAGUGAUGGAUUACGGUCAUUUUUCAUGGUCGGCGCUGGUACUGGUAUGAUGAUCUACAUGUCACCAUCAUUAGCAAUGAUUGGACUAUGCAUAGUGCCUCCCGUAUCAAUUUUAGCCGUGUUCUACGGUCGCUUUGUGAGGGGUAUCACGCGACAAUUGCAGGAUUCCUUGGCAGAAACAAGUGCGCUAGCGGAAGAGAAGAUAUCAAAUAUAAAGACUGUGAAAGCGUUCAGUAAAGAAGCGGCAGAGGAGCGGUCGUAUGGUCAGAAAAUCGAAAACGUUCUUAGGUUGGCGUAUAAAGAAUCUUUAGCGGUCGGAAGUUUCUAUGGCUUGACCGGUCUGUCAGGCAACACCAUAAUCAUCUUAGUACUUUACUAUGGAGGUGGAAUGGUUGCAACUGAACAACUCACUGUAGGAAAUCUGACGUCAUUCCUCUUGUAUGCAGCGUAUGUUGGUAUCAGUAUCGGAGGUCUGAGUAGUUUUUAUACUGAGCUCAAUAAAGGCAUGGGAGCUGCCACGAGGUUAUGGGAGAUUAUUGAUAGAAAGCCUACUAUUCCUGUUACAGGUGGUCUACGGCCGGUACAGAGGCCUAAAGGGGAAAUAGUGUUAGAAAAUAUACAUUUUUCCUACCAAGGAGCACCGUUACUCAAAGGCCUAAACUUGCAUUUAUUGCCUGGGAAAUCUUUAGCCCUUGUCGGAAGAUCUGGUUGCGGGAAAAGUACAGUUGCUGCGUUAAUAUUGAGGCUUUAUAACCCGGACAAAGGAAAAAUAUACUUGGACAAUGUAGAUAUAAAUGAACUUGACCCAAUUUGGUUAAGGAGUCACAUUGGUUACGUCAGUCAGGAACCUGUGCUAUUCAGCGGCACCAUUAAAGAAAACAUUCUGUACGGCGCAUUAGAUGAUCAACAAGCGACUUCUGGUAAUGACGAUGAGGACUCGGCAUGGUUACGUGCAGCGAGAACAGCCCAUCUGCAAGAGGUGGUGGUUGGGACCAAAGGUUGGGAGCGGCAGGUUGGAGCCCGUGGCGGACAGCUCAGCGGUGGGCAGAAGCAACGCGUCGCCAUAGCCAGAGCGAUUGUUAAGAAUCCAAAAAUUCUUAUCCUAGACGAAGCUACGUCAGCUCUGGAUGCAUAUUCUGAAUACCUCGUCGACAAAGCACUUAAAGAGAUCAGUAGAGACCGAACAGUGCUCACAAUCGCACAUAGACUGAGCACCAUACAAUCAGCAGACGAAGUGGCAGUACUUGAAAACGGAGUUAUUCUUGAGCAAGGACCGUAUAAUGGACUAAUGUCAAAACCAGAAGGGUUCUUCAGGGAGUUAAUAACACAUCAAACUUUCAGCUCCAAAGCAAGAGAACCAAGCCAACCAAGCAUUCCUACCAAGUCAACCAGAGAGGUACAUCAAACGUAUUAAAUAUAUAUUGUAUGAUGAAAUCGGUUAAUUGCGGCUAUGGUCUCUAUUUUUUUUGCUGCAUUUACUUAAACUUGACUAAUUUGCUAUACUAAAUAAAAUUACCAAGCGUACACCGUAAUCUUAUACCUGUCUUCCAACAGGGUAGGUUAUAAUUGUGCAAUACAACUUGUUAUGAUAUCGUAGCACACUUUCUUUCACUGAUUUCGUUACUGUAAGCUGAUACACGAUAGCAAAACUGAGUUUGACAAGUUCGGCGAAUGCUGAUUUUGGGGCAGUCGUGGCCUUUCGGCGGCUUAGGACCACAAUGAGGAAUCACAACGUCUUUAAAUAACCACUUCUACAAAUGACCAUUUCUGAAAUGCUACUUCUACAAAAGAACACUUCUUGAAACGGCUACUUCUUGCAUUGACCACUUUUACAAUUCAAUAUGUUUCGGCUUCGGAUUAGGAACAUUACCACAAGUUUGAACUCAUACAACGGUCGAAAGUUAUUUACCUACUACUACUACUACUACAUACAGCAAGACGCUAUCUGCAC